AUCGAUAUUUCUCCACCUCUAGUACAAAACUCAGCUAAUUGUGCGAAGAAAAGGUGAAAAAAGAGAAAAUUUGUAGGAAAGCUCAAGAUAAUUCCAACCUAACUAGUUUUAAAGCACAGCCACCACCCAAAGCAGCAGCAAAAUGACGUGGGAACCGCAAGGAGAAGGUCUGCAGCAGAUCAUAGCGAUCCUCAAGGAGUCGCAGUCACCGGACACAGCCACUCAAAUGGCAGUACAGAUGAAACUAGAGGAAUUCAAUCGCUAUCCAGACUUCAACAACUAUCUCAUCUAUGUGCUGACCAAGCUGAAGACAGAGGAUGAGCCCACGCGCUCACUCAGCGGCCUGAUCCUCAAGAACAACAUCCGCAUGCACGGCAGCAACCUGCAACCGGAGAUCGUGGAGUACAUCAAACACGAGUGUCUGCAGGCGGUCGGCGACUCCUCGCCUUUGAUCCGGGCCACCGUAGGCAUCCUAAUCACCACCAUCGCUAGCAAUGGCGGCCUGCAGAACUGGCCACAGCUUCUGCCCUCUCUCUGCGAGAUGCUCGAUGCCCAAGACUACAAUGUGUGCGAGGGCGCCUUCAGUGCGCUGCAGAAGAUCUGUGAGGACUCCGCCGAGAUCCUGGACUCCGCGGCGCUCAACAGGCCGCUGAACGUUAUGAUUCCCAAGUUCCUGCAGUAUUUCAAACAUAGCAGCCCCAAGAUCCGCUCCCACGCCAUUGCCUGCAUCAAUCAGUUCAUCAUAAAUAGAUCACAGGCCCUGAUGCUAAACAUAGACAGCUUUAUUGAAAACCUCUUUCACCUGUCCUCAGAUGAGGAUCACGAGGUACGGAAGAACGUCUGCCACGGUUUGGUCAUGCUGCUGGAGGUACGCAUGGACCGCCUAAUGCCCCACAUGUCGCAAAUCAUUGAGUACAUGCUCUUGCGUACACAGGACUCUGAUGAGGGCGUGGCCUUAGAGGCCUCCGAGUUUUGGUUGUCGCUAGCUGAGCAGAGCAUCUGCAAAGAUGUGCUUGCUCCCUAUUUGUCACAGUUAGCUCCAGUUCUUGUGCGUGGAAUGCGCUACUCAGAGGUUGACAUUAUUCUUCUCAAGGGUAACGUAGAGGAGGAUGACAUGGUGCCGGAUCGAGAGGAGGACAUUCGCCCGCGAUUCCACAAGUCCCGCGCUCACACGAUCAAGAGUACUCAAGAGGCGGGCGCUGGAGCAGUAGGCGAGGAUGACGAUGACGAUUUUGACGAUGGAUUGGACGACGAUAGUUCGCUAUCGGAAUGGAACCUGCGCAAGUGCAGCGCUGCCGCCCUUGAUGUGCUGGCCAAUGUGUUCCGUGAGGAUUGCCUGCCCGUCGUGCUUCCCAUCUUGAAAGAAACGCUCUUUCACCAGGAGUGGGUGAUCAAGGAGAGCGGUGUCCUGGCCCUGGGCGCCAUCGCGGAGGGCUGCAUGCAGGGAAUGAUCCAGCACCUACCAGAGCUGAUUCCCUACCUCAUUAGCUGCCUGUCCGACAAGAAAGCCCUGGUGCGCUCAAUCACCUGCUGGACGCUCUCACGGUACGCCAAUUGGGUGGUCAACCAGCCGCACGACCAGUACUUGAAGCCGCUGAUGGAGGAGCUGCUGAAACGCAUUCUGGACUCCAACAAGCGCGUCCAGGAGGCCGCCUGUUCGGCCUUUGCCACUCUGGAGGAAGAAGCCUGCACGGAACUGGUGCCCUACUUGGAGUACAUACUAAAGACGCUCGUCUUUGCUUUCUCAAAGUAUCAGCACAAGAACCUGCUGAUCCUAUAUGAUGCAGUGGGUACUUUGGCCGAUUCCGUAGGCCACCACCUAAACAAGCCGCAGUAUAUAGACAUCCUUAUGCCGCCGCUAAUCGACAAGUGGAAUCUGCUUAAGGACGACGACAAAGACCUGUUCCCGCUGCUGGAGUGCUUAUCGAGCAUCGCUACUGCUUUGCAGUCCGGUUUUCUGCCAUACUGCGACCCAGUCUACCGGAGGUGCAUCUCGCUGAUUGAGCAGACCAUCAACCAGGAAAUGUUGUGCAAACAAAACCAAACGUACGAUCACCCCGACAAGGAGCGCAUGAUUGUUGCUCUAGAUCUGCUGUCUGGCUUGGCCGAGGGCUUGGAUCGCCACAUUGAGACGCUGGUGGCCAAUAGCAACAUCAUGCAUCUGCUCUACCAAUGCAUGCAGGACGUUCUGCCGGAGGUGCGCCAAUCGUCGUUUGCUCUACUGGGUGAUCUAACAAAAGCCUGCUUCCCCCAUGUGCAUCCCUUCAUGGCCGAGUUCUUUCCCAUCUUGGGUCAAAAUUUAAAUCCCGACUUCAUUUCUGUGUGCAAUAAUGCCACCUGGGCCAUAGGCGAGAUUUGUAUGAAAUUGGGUGAGGAGACCAAACAGUACAUACGUCUUGUACUCAGCGACCUAUUCAUCAUUAUCAACCGCCCGAACACGCCCAAGACGCUGCUGGAGAAUACAGCAAUAACAAUCGGUCGUCUAGGUUAUGUGUGCCCAGUUGAAGUGGCUCCUUUUUUGCCCGAAUUUGUACGACAGUGGUGCACAUCGCUGCGUCACAUACGAGACAAUGAUGAAAAGGACUCUGCCUUCCGUGGAAUGUGUCAUAUGAUCACGGUGAACCCAGCUGGCGUAGUGCCCGAUUUCAUAUUCUUUUGCGAUGCCAUCGCCUCGUGGGUUAAUCCACCACAAGACCUGCACCAGAUGAUUCAAAAGAUUCUACACGGCUUUAAGACCCAAGUGGGUGAAGAAAACUGGCGUCGUUUUGUGGAGCAAUUCCCGCCAACUCUGGCCGAGCGCCUGGCCACCAUGUACAACAUCUAGGCCAGCCAAGCUAUUAUACACCCACCUGCACCCAAUAGCCAGCCAAGCAGCAACAUCUUAACUAGACAAUUAUGUACAAUUAUGCGUAGUAAGCGUGUCGUCUUAAUCUUUAGCCUCCUUAAGUUAUUCGAUUCGAUGCUGUUCGAAUGUUACGUUAACAUUGAAAUUUAAGCUAAAAAAAAAACAAAAAAAAAAAAACAAGCAAACAACUGCAUAGCCAGACUUAUAACCACAUACAUAUAUCGAUAAAUCUAAUAGAGAAGAUUCACGUAUAUUCGAAAUCAAACUAGAGGGUCUUAGAUCUGUAGAACCUCUUUAGGCAGUCUGUCUGUCUGUCCGCUUAAAGCAUAUUAAAUGCCAAUAUUAUGCAGAGAACUCAGUAGAAAAUACCCAAAAUGAUGUGUUCCGGCCGUACUUAACCGGAGUCAGUGCUAAAGUAGACAUGCCCAAACCUUUAAUACACUCAGACCCAGCCCAAAAACGAAAAUAGAAUUGAAUAUGCUGAACACACGGGUGUUUCUCAUAGGUAAUAAAAAAAAAUUAAAAAAUCGUCGAAACUAAAUGAUAUUGCGGGUUCGUGUCGCGGUAAUUCUAAAAUAUGCUUAACUAAAUCGUUGAAUAAUGAAAGUGUUGGGCCAAUUGUGAAAUCCAAAGAACAGAAAUGGAAAAAUGGAUUCAAGUGCACAUGAAAAAGUGUAUCUGAAAAGCUUCAGCUGAAGAAAAUGUUACAAAUCAAACAAAGACUGAUGUUCAACAAAAACUCCGUUCAAAAACCAUAGAAAGCAUUCAUCAACAGCUAAUUUGAAUUUCACAAGUGAACCCAACACAUUCAGCACUUAAAUAAUAUUAAAUAAAGAAUCGGAGAAAAAUCGUCGCGUUUCGGGUUCUUACGGUUUCGCGUUCGCGUAUUUUCGUCGCUCGUUCGUUCGUAAUCGUAAUCGUCGUUCGUGGUAUCUCGUCGGGUAAAGAAAAAUUGAAAAAAUGAAAGAAAAUAAUACAAGGAUAAUGAUAAUAUUGCAACUGUUACUGAUACAAAUUUACUUAUACACUACAUGAUAUUCAUAUGCUAUACAAAAUUAGGUGUUUUUUUACGCAUUGUGAGAGCGAAAAGUAAAUAGGGAAAAAUAUAUAAAAUUGAGAUUAGGAUUUCGUUGAGUAUAUUAUUUUUGUGCAAAUCCUUUAACUGAAUACAAAAGCAACCAUUGACUGAUCACUUUUUAAAGUAUUAUUAUAUAAUUUUUUUUUGGUAUAGGGACAAGUGUAAUUAAUUAACUAUUAUUAUUUUUUUCAAACUUUGUUAUAAUUUGUACAGGCUCGUGCUUUGCGUAACCUUUAUAUUUUAUGAUCUAUGUACAGAACAAAUUUUUUUACGAUUAUACGAUUAGGUGUAAAGUGUACUACUAAAUGGAAACAAAAGUCUUUGAAAUUGUCGCGGAACAACUAAAAAAAAUACGAAAAAUAAAACUAGGGAAAACCAAACUCAGUCAAACACAAAAAACAAAAGGAAGAUUAUGAUGCAAGAAGAUAACCAAGUAAAUCUAAGUAAUAGUAUUAUGAAAUUAUGCAAACCGUGUUUACGUUUGUGUUUUUAUUUCGUUUACAAAAUGGGGGAACGUGUGAUAAUAAAGUAACUUCGGGUCGUUCGUUCGCGUCGCGUUAAACUCAAACAGUCUAAAAACUAACAAUAAGGGACUUUCGCCCCCGAGUCCCAAAUAAUAAUCGCAAUACUUGAUAUUUAUAAUACGGUCUAACUAAAGCAAAGUAAAGCAAUUGCUAAAACUGAAACUAAACUAAAAUGGAAAAUCGUGAUUUCGUUGUACCUUAAUCCGGAUUCAUCGCGGAAUCCGGUCGCGUUCGCGUGCGUUUGUAUCUCUCUCGGGUGAUCUUAGUGAUUAGCGUUUAAGCAGUAAACAAAGAAAAAAAAAGAAUAAAAAAACAGAAGCAACACUACAACUACACACACACACAACAUUGAACAUAUACACACCACACAUAUACAACUAUAUAAAAUAUAUUUAUAGAUUUUAUGCAGAAUAGGGUUUUGUUUUAAAUAUUAUUUUCUCUAUGAUAGGGCAAACCAAAUAAAAAGAGUAGGGAACUACAAAUAAUUUAAAUGUUAGGUCAAGUUAGGGAAUGAAAUAAAUUCAAAGAAAAACGUAACAAAAACAGGAAAUCAAACAAGAUUUGUGCAGCAUAAGGAAAUUUUAAUUUCUUACUUAUUACAUUAAUAUCGUGUGUAUGUAAUAAAAAUCAUGAAAAAUACAACUAUUUUUAGUCCUUUAUAAGAUGAAAAUGUUUCACAUCCGUUGAUUCUUUAAGUCACUCAAGACCAAGCCUAGUUAUUAUAUUUUGAAUUGUAUCCCUUCACACACAACUUGUAAUACCUACAGUUUAUCGAGCACACACCUCUGAUAGGUUCAUAUCCUCUAAUCCUUUUAAAUUAAAUCGACUAACGGUUGAAAAAGGUCUGCAAAUGUCUAACAAAAUUGAAUAUACAAUAUACGCGCCUAUACACAUUAAAAACAUACACAUAUAUGAAGUACAUGCAAAUAUGUAUAAUCCCUAACUCUAGCUAUAUAUGUGUUCAGCAUAUUGGCAACUAGAGAUUAUUCUUCUGGAGUUUAAAUAUUUGUUUAACUAAAACUCCAUUUCAAAAUUCAACUAUCAGGAUUUGUGUAAAUUGAAAGUAUAUAUAUGAAUAAAUAUGUAUGUAUAACAUUACCAUCAAUAAAA